AUGCUGAUCACCGACCGCACUGCGGCAUUCCGCAUGCCGGCGACUGACGAUGAGGCGCAGCUGACCUACAAGCCUGGCAGCUCGGCAGAGUUGCACCCCAUCUUCGUGACAACGCCCAACCCACGCCUCUUUCACCAUGAGGGCUUGCAGAACGAGAAGAGCGUGCUUGAGCGCUUUCUGGAUCGGAUGUUUGAGAUGGCGAGACGGUACAAGGUGCCCAUCUUCUUUCACAAUGGCGGGGUGUACGACUUUCACUUCCUGUUGAAGGAGAUCAGCCGCUUGAUUAACCGCAACUCCAGCGACGAUCCUUCGGAGCAGCCUGUGGAGGAGAUGGAGGAGGUGGAGCCUGACGCCGGCCCCGCGGAGGACGAGGUGGUGGACUCCUACACCGAAGAGGAAGCUCUCGAGGAGCAACUGCAGCAGAAGCUGGCCAUCAUCGGCGACUACAGCCGCAUGAAGUUUUCUGUCCUCGUCAAGUCGGGAGAGAAAUGCUUGUCUUUCCAGCUUGGACCGUUGCAGUUCCUCGAUUCCACCAACUUCGUCAAGGAGAGCCUCGAUAAGACGAUCGAAACUCGAAAGAAAAGGCGAGCUGGCAGCCUGCCCGAAGCUUUUCCGCUGGUCGCAGCUUACCACCCAGAGCUCAGGGAUGUCUCCGAGGAGAGGAAGGAGCAAGUCUGGGAGGCCCUGAUGCGGAAGCUCCCCAUGCCGUUCUCCAGAUUCAACGGACCUUCCGCCUGGAGCCGCGAGGCCGUGUGGGAGCGCGAGGCCUACGACAGCUUCCUGAAGAACGAGAAGUGCUCCGAGGAGUCGUACAAUCAGCUCCUGGAGACUCGGGACAUGAUGCGGUGGACUUCUUUCAGGCAGUUCCACGAUUGCUACCUGCACAUGGACUGCCUCGCAUUGCUAGAUGUCCUGCGCGAGGAUGGCGGUGCAGCGCGAAGACCUGGGCCCCUACGCAAGCUGCUGGCGUCGGAGAAGCUGCCUAAGAACGCCAAGCUGGCACCCUACCUGGGCAAGCACGUGCGGGAGGCGGUGGACUUGGAGAGGCUCCAGUACAUGCGGAACGUUAUGGGAGCGAGGAUCUGGGCAGUCCACCGCGUCAUCAGCUUUGAGUGCACAGAGCUGCUCGAACCGUUCAUGCGCAAGAUCUAUGCGCAGAGAAAGGAGCUGAAGCGGCUGGGGCAGGCUGACGGAGAGCAGACUCUGAAGCUAGUCAUGAACUCCAUCUAUGGCAAGGCGGUGCAGGACUGUUCCCGCUUCAAGAACACCAAUGUGUACACCAACGCGAUCAGCUUCGAGAAAGCCCAGGCCCGCAGCAGCAUGGUCGACUAUGACUUCUUCCCUUCGGACGGUGACUUCAUCGGCUAUGUGCACACCAUCGGCAGAAAGGCUAAGCUGCUCAAAAGUCCCCUUCAAGCCUUCUUCAGCAGCCUGAAGCCAGCUUUUCCUUUGCGCAGGCCUUUGGGGACCGACACAGACAGUCUGGUGGUGCAGGUGUGGUGCUGCCGUGGGGUAGAUCCUCGAAAGGUCUUGGCCGAAGCCAACAUCUCUUUGCCUGAUGCAGAGUUUGACCUGGGCGACUGCAAGGAGGGUCAGGAGGACCUACGCUCUUUCACUGAGGCCGAGCUCAUCAGUCUGAGGAAGAAGAUGGGAGCGCCUUGUGACGAGUCCUUCCCUGGCAAGUUGAUGGAGUGGGUCGGCCUGUGUGCGAAGCAGUACUCUAAGAAGGUGCUCCGCGGUGAGAAGGUGGAGGAGGAGCAUCG